AUUAUUUCAUUAUUUCUAAAGAAAAUGCAAACGAGACCUGAAAAUGGAAGCUUUGGGGAUUGGAUUACCCAUUACAGUUCGAUGUCUCCGUCUUCAGCUGCAAUGGCGAUGGGCAAUUUCGUCAGAAAACUACACCUCUAUUUAACCACACCUCGGUCCUAUGGAAAUGGUCUUUCCUCUUCCUGAAGCUCUGAUUUGCCGAAAAUUUUCUAUAUUUUUCUGUGAGUUUCUAUUUUGAGAUUGAGAUCUUGACCUAUCGGAACCGCCUUCUUCCGCCGCCUGCGAACCCCGUCUUCUUUCAUCUCUCAGGAUAUCUGAGAAUAGUGUGAUGGUUAAAGCAUACGCUCAGGAGUACACGUACGAGCACCCGUGGGAACGGGUAACUUCUGCAUCUUGGCGUAAAUUUGUGGACUCUGAAAACAGGCGUACGUUGUCCCAUAUUCUUGAAGUCGACACCUUAAACAGAAAGGUUGACAUUGAAUCUGGGAAGCUAUAUACAACCCGUGCUAUUACGAUCCAUGCGCCUGGACCAUGGUUUGUUCGUAAAAUUGUUGGUCAAGAUACCUGCCAUUGUGUCGAAUCCACGGUUGUAGAUGCUCGGUCACGCUCGAUGCAACUGACCACUCAGAAUAUUAGCUUUCAGAAGUUCAUAGAAGUGGUGGAGAAGAUUAGAUAUGAACCUCACCCUGAUAAUCCGAACGGAUGGACAAUGUGCAGACAGGAGACGAGUAUUCGUAUCAAGCCGUUGUCAGCGUUGGCGUCGAUGGCCGAAAAAGUGGAGCAACGGUGUGCUGAGAGGUUCAUGCAAAACAGUGUUAAGGGUAGAGAAGUGAUGGAGAGAAUUUGUAAGUAUCUUGAAGCUGGAUCUAGCGGACUCACUGUCUAACUUUUGCUUCCUCUCAUUGAUUAUGUACCGGUUCUUCAAAGGGGUCAGUGAGAUCAUGGUCUGUUUUCCAAGCUGUUUUUAACGAAAUAAUUCUCAUGGAGAAACGUGUUUACCGGCUUUCCCUUAA